AUGCGUGAGCCUAAUUUCAGCUCCACAGCCCAAAAUAGAGCAGCUGUUGUUAUUUCAUCUACUUUAUAUGAUCGAAGAGCUUUAGAUUGUACAGCAACUCUACCUUUAGUCAAUUCAUUAACUCAUCUUGCUUACAUGACUUCUACUUCACCACGCAUUCGUGAAAUCUUGGCAGCAGAUGGUGGAUUAGAAAGAUUAGUAAAAAUACUUGCUACUUGCCAAUAUACGGAUAAACACUCUUUAUGGAAAUGGUCCUUAGCUUUUCAGUGCGUCGUCAAUGUGGGUGUCCGUGGGACAGAGGCUAUUAGGACCCGUGUAGUGGAAGCUGGAGCAGUACACAUCGUACUGGCCAUACUGGAAAAUUUUAUUCAAGCACUCGACCAAGCCAAACUAGACAAAGACCAAGAAAAGAAACAAAGCUCGAAUAAUUUAUUUGCAACCGCUUUAACUUUACCGACUUUACCGAUUCAGCAACUCCAACAACAGCCAUCAAGAUCAACUCCUAUUUUAUCCUACCAACAGCAGUUAUCAUCUACGUCAUCAGAAAAAGAGAAUAUAUUUCAAAAUAACACAAGAAAUAUGGAAAAUAAUAACAAUAGCAUGCUAUUUGUUAUUCCAAAAAGACGGACUUUCCUUAAACGAACAGCAAAACCAAAGGCAAAACCAUAUACCGCAUCUCUAUCAAGUAUUCCACUCUUAAACAAUCUAUCCACUGACGCCAUACUUCACCGUGAAGAAGACAUUUUGUUAUCCUUACAGCUUUUGGCUUACUUAUCCAAAUACCCUCAGAUUCGUCAAGCAUUUCACAAUAAUCAUCGACACAAUGUAUUUUCGGUGGUUGAAAAAUUUACACAUCGCAUCCAUCCUGCUGCCAUCAUUUAUUGGGCCGGUGUCAUCAUGAGAAAUGCUUGUAGAAAGGAUGAAGCAAGAGGUGGUGUCAGACAAUGCGCAAAUAUGCAAUGUGGUAAAUGGGAGAGAUUCCCUCGUGAAUUUGCAAAGUGUCGUAGAUGUCGAAAAGCCAAAUAUUGCUCAAAAGCUUGUCAAUCAAAAGCUUGGGCUGAUGGUCAUCGGUGGUGGUGUGUUGAAAGACCCCAUAGCAGCCAUCCACCCAAUCCUACCGCAACAUCUUCAACUACUGCUGCUGCUGCUGCUGCCGUUGUCGCCGCUGCUCCACCUCCACCUCCACCGACAGAACAAGUAGUUCAUUUAGAGGAUACGGCUACAUCGGACGUGAUGACAAUCCCUAUUGACACCAACAAUACUAACACAAAUGAAGGAAAUGAGGCUGGUGAUAAUAGCAAUACAACUAGAAGAUCAUCACUGGCUGUUACAACCGAAAAUACCCUUCGUCCUCCUCGUGAACAGGAACUCUUAUUUUAUCACCAUACUCAGCGAAGGAACUCUCGUUCGGUGCGUAGUCUGGCAUCAGGAUCAUCCACUGAAGUUGAAGGCGAUACAGAAACAACUCGUCCCCGAGAUUUAAUGGAUGUUGAUUAA